GUUUACUGCCCACAAGCCCAGCUCCCAUCGCAGGGGUCCUCUGAGACGGAAGAGCAAAGCCCCAGGAAAGAAGGGAUCACUUGAGUCACAUGACACCCUGAAACAAAUCAUGAAGGAACUGCACAAAGGCCAUGGGGUGGACAGAGAGGCUCUAUGGAAGGUGGCAUUUCCUGAAGCAAGGGAGGCAAUUGCAGGCACGGGCCCAGGCACAGGAGGCAUGAAGCAAAAGGCUGUGCACAAGGAGGCACCUCCUGGAGGAAGCAGUGUCUCACUGGCAACUCCUGAUUCAGGAAGAGAGGCAAUUGCAGCUCUUGGUGAAGGUGAUGCAGCUUCUCAACCCACGUUCUGGAAAGAGACUCUGGGAGAUGGUGAGGGGAUGAAGCAAAAGGUUGUGCACAAGGAGACACUUCCCAGAGGAAGCACUGGCUCCCUGGCAAUUCCAGAUUCAGGAAGAGAGGCAAUUGCAGGCAGAGGCCCAGACACAGGAGAUGCAGUCACCACAACACGUGUUCCUGAUUCCCAGAAGGGCAUCAGAAUGAGUUUCUGUCAGGGAACACGCUGCUGGCUAGUGAUAAUGGCAGGCCUGCUUUGUUUGGAGCUUGUCUUCAUUUUGUGCUGUUUUGGAAUCUGGUAUACCUGUCAGAGAAAACAGUGUGUCUCUGCAGCUUCACAAAUCCUGCCAAAGACUUCAGCUGGAAAGAGCUGUAUCGGUUAUCGGCCAUCCCCAAGCCACUAUCGAACGUCCCUGCCCCCGCUUCAUUACCAGCUCAUUGCUGUGGAGGUGCAACCUCCAUGCAGAACAGGACCCUCUGCCCUUGCAGGUGCUGGCCCUCGUGUCUUGCCAGGCCUGAAGGUGGGCCCCUCCUGCCAGGGAAGGGCUUAAACAACACCUUUGGGCUUCAGCUCUGGUGUCUGGCUGGUACCACCAGCACUGACAAAGCUCCUUGUCUGGACACAGCCAGGUUGGGCAGGCAGCAGUCAGUCACAGGGCUCCUGAGACCAGCAGCCACUAUGUUUAUUUUUCAUUUUGAAGUGUUAGGGGUAUUUUUUUUAUAGAAAGAAAUCCCAAAAUAUUUCUUUUCUUUUUCCACAAUAGUUCUGUAUUUUUCAAAGUAGUUUUAGGAUUCUGGAAAAGUUUGACUAUUUUUACACUUUUUGAAUAAAUGAAAUUGCACUUAA